AUGUCAAUGUUCAAGUAUCAAGGUGGAAAGGUCAAAGCAUUGACUUCAUACCGCAGAUUGAUUGAGAACUGUAUCGAGAAGAAAGAUGACUGUGCACUGAUAUUCCUAGACUCUAUUGAUGGAAUGAGUCACUUCACGCCCAAAGAAUCAUUCGAUCUAAAUGAUUACAUUGAAGUCUAUGAUCAAAACAUUGUUAUACCGAAUAAUGUCAAGUCAUUGUACUUGUCGGAUCAAUUCACUCAUCCAUUCACAAAGCUCACCAAUCAAUUGAUCGCAUCCAAUGUGUCAUAUGUUAGUGUUGGUGACUUGUAUAAUUAUCCAAUUGACGCUGGUUCCUUGCCCGACAGCAUCACAAAGUUAAGAUUGGGUACAGAGUUCAAUCAACCAAUAGCAAUUGGAUCUCUGCCUCACUCGCUAUUAACAUUGGUAUUUGGAGACUCAUUCAAUCAACCGUUGGAAAAAGGAGCCUUGCCCUCUUCCCUUCAGACACUGGAGUUUGGAUAUCUGUACCGUCAUGGAUUGCCACCUGGAAUACUGCCGCCAUUACUCAUUGACCUCACACUGCCAGAGGACUGGGCAAUGGCUGAGCACAGGUCAAUACCUGCAUCGGUCACCUCUCUCAAGGGAUAUCCAUCGGAUGGUAUGGGAUACCUGCGAGGCAACAAUCCCAUCAAGUCACUCACCAUCUCCAACCCGGGUGGGGUGGCCCUUCAGUCUGGUGAUGUGCCCGCCUCUGUGACAACACUGGACUUGGACCCAUAUGUUGAGGAGCUGGUGCCAGGUGUUAUUGGGGAGAACGUCACAACGCUGGUACUUGGCUAUCUUCACACACCAUCCAUCUCCGUGCUACCCAGCUCGCUCACGAACCUAAGCCUGCGAUUCAAUGGAGUUCUGGAGCCCGGUGCACUGCCACCAUUAAUUCGAUUCCUUGACCUCGGAUUCUCUUUUGACACUGCGCUGGAAAAAGGAUCGAUCCCUUCACAGUUGGAGGAACUUAGAUUCGGUUACAAGUACAACAAGGUGAUAGAAGCUGGCGUGCUUCCGACCACACUCAAGACACUGUCAUUUGGCCACACAUUCGACCAGGUGUUCCUUCCCAAUGCCAUCCCGCCCUCCGUCACCAGCCUGACAGUGACCAGCAAGUAUAAGAACGCUCGCACCAUCCGCAAUCUACCGCCAUCAGUCAAUCAACUCACACUGGUCAGCGAGUACUUCAAAGACAACUCAUUCUCAAACAUACCAAAGACCAUUGACUCGUUGCUGAUCAUCAUUGACUACGUGUCCUAUGACAUUAGACGAAUAGCAAGCGACCUCUACCUAUGUCUCGGACUUCAAUUUGCCGGAGGAUUCUUUGACAGCGCGACAUUCGAUCGUAUAUUCAAUCAAUUAUUGGACAACAAGUCAACCACAGAGUUGGACAAUAUUAUCUCCAAUACGAAUUAA